AUGGAGGCGGAACAGGCGGUAGAGGCGCCUGCAUCAGCAUCUGAGCCUGCACAUUCAUCGACGACGACAACGACAAGGACGCUGACGGAGGAGCAGACGCGGGCGCUGUUUGACAUCCUGACGCACCGGGAGACGUACGCCGAGAUUGAAGGCUUCAAGGCCCCGGAUGCGGUGACGGGCUACGGGCGUCCGUUUGCUCGGACGAUGCUGAAGCAGACGGCGUCGGCGGUGGGGACGCCCAAGGCGGGGACGCCGAGAUCGAGGACGCCCGUGUCGUUUUGGCGGGCGAGGAGGGGAGUUGAUAAUGAUACGAAGAGCGAGGCAGAUGCUGAUGGUGGUGAUGAGGCUGACAGCAGCGAUAGCGACGACGAGGCUGGCGGGAAGGAAUCCACGUCGCCGCUGCUGCAGUUUAUGCUGACGAGGCUGGUGCUGCCGCUGCCGGGCGUGCGAGACUUGCCUGCCGGGUUCUGGAACGUGAGGGUGCAGGGCUUGCUGGCGAGGUUUGCGGAGGCGGAGCUUUCGGAGAGCUAUGAUAAGGGUGCGAUGGGGACGAGGAAGACGCUGGCGACGGGGGCGAGUAGCGUGUUGGAGAUGGUGGCAAGGGGGAUCCUGGGCGGCGUGGUCAGGACGGCAGGAAGCGAGGAAGAGAAGAAGAUGAAGCAGGGGGAGUAUGACGAGACCAAGGCGGAGGACUUGCUGAGGGCGUUUGGGGAUGUUUUGGAGGACUGGGCGUAUGGCGAUUUGAUGGGGCGGGUGUCGGAGCAUGUUACGGAGACGGAGGACGUGGAGAGCUUUUCGCCGGCUGUCAAGGCUGCGAUGAAUUAUGCCAUUAUCAACGUUGCUACCUUUGCUCAUCAUACCUUUACCGUCUCCCCAGAGGGCCAGGACCUGCUCAAGCUGAUUGAGAAUCUCAACAGCUUGGUGCCCUACAAGAUGAUCAAGCAGACGCUGCGCAUCGGCAACGCAGCUACCAUGAUUAGCGGCAUGAUGCGUCUCAUGCUGGCAAAGAUUAGCGUCACCAGCUUGACCAACUGGGUCGGGCUCACAGCCAACGCAGACGACGGGAUGAAUCUCCUGCAGAGAAUCAUUUCACUAGCUUUAUCAUGGGAUGCCUCGGAAUUCAAGAAGAGCGUCGAUAAAAUCGAAAAGAGCAAGGGAGAUGCUGCGCCGACGGAUGAGAUGCUCGAGGCGAUUCGUCUGCACGUUUCGUUGCCUCGGAGCGAACAUCUUGCUGUGAGAGAAGCGAGUGUGCGGGAUUCAGAGUCGAUUAUCGUGGCUAUUCUGAAGGCUUCGGAUCCGCAGAUGGUGGAGGGUCUUACGGAGGCUCAGCAUGCGCAGUGUUUGGAGUAUUACGCUGCGCUGCUGUCGGUUCAUGAUCGCGAGGCGAUUACUUCGGUGUUGUGUCGGCAGCCGCCGGAUCUGUUUACGCAGGCUGUGAAGGAUGUUGUUGGUGCGUACGAGCCGAUGAUUAGGGACGUGCACUCGCAGAUCGACAUUCGGUACUAUCUCGAGGCGAUACAGGGCUUCGUGUCGGAACUUAUUCGCGUGAGCAGGCAGAAGAAGGUGAAGCGGAGCAGCAAGAAGAAGGACGAUGACGGCAGUUCCAAGGAGGAAGAGGAGGAAGAGGCGGAUGGGGCGAGCGUAGAGGAUUACGUGGUGCUGUUGAGGAAUCAUAGGGGGUUGUUGUAUAAAUGGUUGCAUGACUUUGCGAAGAACUGUCCCGAUGUGUGGAAGGACUUUCCUGCGUGGGGGCAGGACAUCGCUGUGAGGUUUCGAAAACCAGAUCGCCAUGGUGAUGGGAUGGGGGAGAAGAAAGGGAUGGAGGAGCAGCUUGAUGAGAUGGUUGGGGGUCUUGAUGGGGCUGUGCGGGAGGAUGUGCUAAGGGCUGUUGAUAAGCAUGCGGAGUAUCUUGCUGCUAUCACUCGAGUGUCUCAACGGCGGUUACAAGCCGUCAUUGAUGCUGCUGGAUCUUCCUCUUCUACGUCUGCUGCGUCUGGUUCUCGGACUACGGCGUCUGGACCUGGAAUCUAUCUCUCGCAAUGGCAGUCCCUCCUCGACUCUACGAUAAUCACACCAUCCUCGAAAGAAGGCCCUCUCCGUCACGGCGAAGACGUCAAAUACGUCACUACAAUGGGGAAACUCGGUCUGGGAGGGCGAAGAUUGAAAGGAGGAAAAGGAGUGGGAGAGGAGGAACUCAAGGCACCGGAUGUGAGCGUCGUGGAAGAGGCUUUGGGAGACGCGUUUAGAGAUGUGAUUCGGCAGAGAGCGGGAAGUGAUGCAGAAGUUUAA